AUGGCCAAAGCACAAGAUGAGAUCGAUCUAAUAUUUGGCGGUAGAGAAGUAAACGAAGAUAAACUAAAAUACCUCAAAGCCGCGGUCAAGGAGACAUUCCACUUGCAUCCGCCGGCUUCUCUAAUGGCUCCCCACGAAUCACUCCAAGACUGCGAGGUAAACGGCUUCACCAUCCCUGCGAAAACAAGAGUGCUGAUUAACAUCCGGUCGAUCGCUCGAGAUCCAAGGUGGUGGGGUGAGUCUGCAGGGAUUUUUAAUCCUGAGAGGUAUGGGAAGCACUUUGAGCUUCUAUGGAUCCGGGAAAAGAAUGUGUCCCGUGAUGAACUUGGGACGGACAACGGUGGAAAUCACUCUGGCUAG